AUGGGAAUAAGGCGGGCAGAUGAUAAGUGGUGUGAUUUGUCAGGUAAAGAAGAUGACUAUAGUGCUACGAAUAUUCGAUUGGUACUUGAAAGACCUGAUUGUAUUAGCGCAUCAGAUAACCAAGGAAGUGACCUUGCACAACCUGCAGAAGAUCAUCAUUUUCCUGAAAGCCAGUACAUUGAGUCACUUUCAAUUCGAGAGCAGCAUUCACUUCAAGCUUCAACAAAUAUAGCAAGAGAACGCCAAAUUCAUGCAGUCCUGAAAUCGGAUAUGAUUAUAUUUACAUCUUUCUGA